CCCAGUUUCCGUUUCGGAUGUCAUCUUAAUCCCCUCCAGCCACCGGAAGCUCUCGAUAAAGCCGAGGUUGCAAAGUGCGUCACAGAGCAGAAAAAACCCAAAACAACGAGCCUGCAGUCCAGCAAGCGACCGUCUUCUCUUCUUCUCUUUUUGCACAAGAAACCCCGAGCGGACGUUUCCGCUACCAGCAUGGUGAAGAUCGCUUUUAACUCGGCUCUGGCGCAGAAGGUGCUGGGCAAAGAGGAGCCGGCCGAUGUGAAGGACCCUGAGCUGGGCUCUGCUCCAGCGGGCAACGAGGGCUCCACAGGUCGCUGUCUGCUCACCCUGCUGGGCAUCGCCUUCAUCCUCAGCGGGCUCAUCGUCGGGGGGGCAUGUCUCUAUCGAUAUUUCACCCCAAAGAGGCUGUAUCACGGUGCGAUGCAGUUCAGCGACGUGUCAGCUGGAGCUGGAGGGGGGAGCCAGCCGUACUACCUGCCGCAGGUGGAGGAGGAGGUGGAGAUCUCUGACAGCAUGGCCGUGAUCAGCGUCCCACCUCCCCGCUUCAGACCUGGGGACCCCGCUUACAUCCUCCAUGACUUCAACAGGAAGCUGACAGCAUAUCUGGACCUGACUCUGAGGACCUGCUUUGUGAUUCCUCUGAACACAUCGGUGGUGCUCCUCCCUCAGGACCUCAUCGACCUCUUCUCGCAGCUGAUGUCCGGCUCUUACCGCAGCUACUUGGUGCACGAGGACCUGGUGGUGACGGAGCGUAUCGACGACAUCGAGCCUCUGGGCUUCUUCAUUCGCCGACUGUGUGACGGGAAGGAAACGUACAGGAUGCAGCGCCGCUCCAGCCUCCCAGGUGGAGGCAUCCAGAAGCGCUCUGCGGACGAUUGCUUCACCAUCCGCCACUUUGAGAACAAGUUCGUGACGGAGACCAGGAUCUGCAAGGCUUGAUGGGGAAAGCGAGAGCAUCGGUCAGGGAGCGAGUGAGAGUGAGAGAGAGAGUGUUAGCGAGAGCCAGAGAGAGAGCGACACACACAGAGAGAGAGAGAGUAGGAGGGAGUAGUGGGCGAAGGAGGAAACAGCUUUCAGCAGAAAGUGACUUGUAUAAAACCCUUAACUCCCUCGCUUUAAACCCCAGUGAUAAGUGAAUUUAAGUUCCAGUGUUAUAUAGCCUACCCCCCCCCUCCCACCUGAACCUGUAUAAGUCAUAGCUCUCUCGCUCAAGUAUUCACUAGUUAGUCUUGUACUAAUAACCAGCGUCAGCCUGCUAACUAACUAUAUACUAAGUUUCAUUUUGUUUUUUUCGUUGGUUGCCCGUAGCUUCCUGUUGAAUUAUCUUAUCGUCGUUACUGUAUUACAUCAUCCACCACUCGCGUCCAGACGACGAGUCCUUCUCCUGAAACUGAGAAGUCGUUCAUAUCAGACCUGUCCCGUGUGUCCAGCCUACUGUUCCCACUCUUAACGGGGGUUUUCUAGAUCAGCAAGACAUACUUUAAUGUUAUAGUGGGAUAUAGCACAAGCCACCCAGGAAAUGUAAGGUACGGUACAGUUACGGUGCACGUGCAACGCGGUUGUCCAUGUCCAUUGUGGACGGUACCAGAAAUGCUCGAGCCCCCGAGCUCUCAGUCAGCCUUUUUAUUUGUAGAUAUUUCCCAGAGUGCCUCACUGCUCCCAGAGGCCUCUGCUGUCCUGCUAUGUGAUGAUUUGUUUUAAUGUAAUAGAUGGUGAGUCCAGCACCCUUAUAUGACUUGUGUUUGUGUAGAAACCUCAUUUGUGACAAUAAACUGGGAAGGACACUAAAAGGGAAGUUUCACCAAAAUUUGAAAUCACUUUUUUAAAAUAUUCUUAUUUAUGAAUCUGAGCUGCUGCUUACUAUAGGUGGCUACAAGUUUUUGCAGAAUAUAUUUAUAAUUGUCACGGGAACAAUACGUUUGUAAAGAAUCCUUGAAUCUGCAUUGAAAAGCCCUUAAGGAAAAGCUUGAAAGUGUGAAAUGAAAAUGGCCUUUGGCCAAAAAAGGUCAAGUGGUUUCCCACUCGAUGCCUGCACAGAAAGACAAUCAGACAGGAAGUGUGUGUGUGUGUGUGUGUGUAAAAAUGUGUCUCUGUCUAACAAGUACUAGACAAUUGGAUAAAAAACAAUGUUGUGUGCAGCUACUUAAACAAAUUCACUUUGUCGCUGAAUAAAGUUACAUUUCUUUACCUACUGAAA